ACUCGAUCUCAGUAAAAUGAGAGCGCACCGCUCUCCGAUGACCAAAUUUUCUCCUUGAACUCAAUUUAACACCUCUGGAGAUUGUGCAGACUUCUUUUUCUACCGAUGAGUGAGCCAGACCCUAGAGCGAGUGAAGCUCACCAAACACUCGGAUUCAUUAGGCGGAAGCGAAAACAAGUCGGUAGAGCUUGUGAUGGCUGUCGACUCCAGCGGAUAAAAUGCGACAACAGCGUUCCAUGUCUCAACUGUCGCACGCGCGGUCGCGAGUGCAGUAACAAUAACGCGCCUACUGUGACGACUCUUCCUCAAGCGCAAGAUGAGAUCGAUAAACUGAGGCGGCGGGUGAAAGAGCUCGAGGCUCAACUUUUGCAGGCGCGGAAUAGCGAGACGCCCACUUCACAGCAACAAGAACCGACACCACCUGGCGGAUCUCCAGCUCUCACAAGACCAGCGACUCAGGAAAGCUCGAAGACGAAAUUUUGGGAUGGCGUGUACCUUCGCCCGGCACGAUCGCCGCACAGCGCUUGGUUCGGGCCUUCGUCACUUUACUUCUUCAUCCACCGACUCAGCACAUUUCUCAGCGCUCAAGCCGACCACAUGCUCAUUCACCUCGCUAGCAAUUUAGAACAGUUGGGACAGCCGACAGUAACGCAAGACUCUUCGCGCCUGCUGGCACCUCUCACGCGCGUCAACGAGGAGGGAUUUUAUCUCACCCCAGUUCAAGAAGGGUACUUCAUCAACCUGUACUGGGAAACAUACCAUACAUGCAUCUAUGCUGUGGUGGAUGAGGCGAGUUUCAAGGCGCAUUAUCAAUCACUGUACGUCGAUGUACCAGCCGGAUCGCCGAGAAAGCCAUCCGCAUUGGUAGACAUCAUACUCGCCAUGUGCAUGCAAUAUCACACGUCGGCCCUCCCAUGCGGUCAGCAAGGCAACAUCCUCGAAGACAACGAUGCAACCAUGGCUGGUCGAUGGUACUACCGAAGAGCACAGACACUCUUGGCUUGCGAGGUCGAGAGUCCAUCCAUCUCAACUCUUCAGUGCCAUUUGCUCUGCGCGUUGUACGUUUGUGGAGGAUCCUUUCACAACAUGGCAGACACAACCAUUUCCCUUGCGAUUCGGACAGCUUACAUGUUAGGCCUGCACCUGGAUCCGCCACCCACAAUGCCACGACACGAGCGCGAAUUCCGACGACGACUAUGGUGGUCUGUUUUUGAGGCUGAUUCGAAGGUCGGUAUGAAGGUCGGCCGCCCGUUCCUCAUUCGCGACUCGUACGUCAUGCCCGAUCUGCCCAGUGAUACCCUUGAAGUAGCGAUUGAGUCCGGCUCGGCAUUUCCUCCCAUCGGAGAUAACGCUACAUGGCUCAGUCUCAACCUGCAGCGCACGAAGUUGUACCAAACCGCCAGAGCUCUGAAUCAAGCCUUUUACGGUCAUGAGUUGAGGGUUGCCGAGGGACAUUCUGUCUAUGAUGAUCCAAACACAAUGGAAGAUCUUGCAAAUGCUUGGAGCCCAAAAACAAUAGCCCUCACAGAGUGGACAAAGCAGAUUCCCCGAGCCCUCAAGACAAGCCGGAAACACGGCAGCCCGUACUCCCUCGAUGACUCCAUUCUCGGUAUCGAGCAGUUUGCACCACAGUGGCUUCAGCGACAGCGCUUACACCUCGAACUCGAAUAUCAUCACCUUUGCAUCGGUCUCCAUCGUCCGUUUCUGUCGUUUGCUCCACAGCAGGGAAGUUCGGCAACGGUAAUGGCAGUCAAGUGCGCACAGCAUGCGAUCCAGCUCACAAACAUCAACCACCAGGUUUUAUCCAAGACUCCAAUCCUCAACGGCUGGCAUGAAGCUUUCCAGUGGCAAUGGAGCGCAGCGAUGACCUUGGUGGGAUUUGCUGUUGCGUAUCUCAAUCACCCACUCGCGCCAGCCGUACGCUCAUCCAUAAAGCUCGCUGUCUCUGUCCUCGACAUCUUCGCUCGUAGCUUUGAUGCUGCUUCCAAAGCUGCGGUCAUCGUUCGUACCCUACACACGAACAUUGAGUCCGUCAUGGCGCAGUUCGAGAUGCAAUCGGGCCCGACGACUGUGGCAACCAUGGAUGGUUCCGUCUUGUAUAAUCCACCUGCCCAAGGAGGAAUGGCGAACGCAGUCGCAAAUCAGUUUGAUCCAAUUGGUGGAGAUUUCGAUCUCCUGGACAUGGCGAUGAAUGUGGACUUUUGGGCUGACCUCGAUAUGCUUCUACCAGGGAUUUCGGGGACUAUAACUGAUACAGCUGCGAUUUAGUAUCUGGGCUAUCAUUGAUGCAGUUCAGUCACUUCUGCGCGGACAACGACGAAUAAAUGAAUGAAUGACAC